GCUGCGGGAAAUGCUGUCAAGCGAGCAUCAGACAAUCUCGUCAGGGCGGCCCAAAAAGCAGCAUUUGGGAAAGCAGAGGAUGACGAUGUUGUGGUGAAAACAAAGUUUGUGGGUGGCAUUGCUCAGAUUAUUGCAGCCCAAGAAGAAAUGCUGAAGAAGGAAAGAGAGCUGGAAGAGGCAAGGAAAAAACUGGCUCAGAUCCGCCAACAGCAAUACAAAUUUCUACCCACAGAGCUGAGAGAAGAUGAGGGUUAACCUGCUGAGAUUUCCUUUUUUUUUUUCUUCUUUUGUCUUUCUUUUCUUUUGAAGAAAUAAGCUAAAGGGGGACAGUACAGUGAGAACUGCUCUGACAACAUUCUGGUAUGCCAAGCACUUACCUAAAUAAACUGCCUGUCAUAGCUUUGGAUGAGGAGAGGGCAAUAAACACUUGUUCUUUCUCGUCUGGUCAGCUGAGGUGCAUGAUGAUCAAAUAAUGGUACAGUGUUAGAUUCAUCAUUCCUGUUCCUUCCUUGACUUAUAUCUCAGGAGAGAAUACUUCACUUUUUACUAAAGAUACUAAGUCAGUAUUAUUGUUACUUUCCUGAUGCUUGAGGUAUUUAUCAUUCCUUGACUCGUUAAAAAAACAUUCAUAAUAUUAGUA